AUGAAGAUCCAGCUGCCUGGUUUUCUGAUGGAGUACUGCCUCCCUACUCCUAUGAAUAUCCAGCUGCCUGGUUUUCUGAAGGACUACCUCCCUACUCCUGUGAAGAUCCAGCUGCCUGGUCUUUUGAUGGAGUACUUCCUCCUUACUCCUAUAAAGAUCCUACUGACUGGUCUUCUGAUGGAGUACUGCCUCUCUACUCCUAUGAAGAUCCAGCUGCCUGGUCUUUUAAUGAAGGACUUUUUCUCUACUCCUGUGAAGAUCCAGCUGCCUGGUUUUCUGGAGGACUACCUCCUUGCUCCUAUGAAGAUCCUGCUGCCUGGUUUUCUGAUGGAGUACUGCCUCCCUACUCCUGUGAAGAUCCAGCUGCCUGGUCUUUUGAUGGAGUACUGCCUCCUUACUCCUAUAAAGAUCCUACUGACUGGUCUUCUGAUGGAGUACUGCCUCUCUACUCCUAUGAAGAUCCAGCUGCCUGGUCUUUUAAUGAAGGACUUUUUCUCUACUCCUGUGAAGAUCCAGCUGCCUGGUUUUCUGGAGGACUACCUCCUUGCUCCUAUGAAGAUCCUGCUGCCUGGUUUUCUGAUGGAGUACUGCCUCCCUACUCCUGUGAAGAUCCAGCUGCCUGGUCUUUUGAUGGAGUACUGCCUCCUUACUCCUAUAAAGAUCCUACUGACUGGUCUUCUGAUGGAGUACUGCCUCUCUACUCCUAUGAAGAUCCAGCUGCCUGGUCUUUUAAUGAAGGACUUUUUCUCUACUCCUGUGAAGAUCCAGCUGCCUGGUUUUCUGGAGGACUACCUCCUUGCUCCUAUGAAGAUCCAGCUGCCUGGUCUUCUGAUGGAGUACUGCCUCCCUACUCUUAUGAAUAUUCAGCUGCCUGGUUUUCAGAAGGACUACCUCCUUGCUCCUAUGAAAAUCCAGCUGUCUGGUUUUCUGAAGGAGGACUGCCUCCCUACUCCUAUGAAGAUCCAGCUGCCUGGUUUUCUGAAGGACUACCUCCUUGCUCCUAUGAAGAUCCUGCAGCCUGGUCUUCUGAUGGAAUACUGCCUCCCUACUCUUAUGAAUAUUCAGCUGCCUGGUUUUCAGAAGGACUACCUCCUUGCUCCUAUGAAAAUCCAGCUGUCUGGUUUUCUGAAGGAGGACUGCCUCCCUACUCCUAUGAAGAUCCAGCUGCCUUGUCUUAUGAUGGAGGAAUUCGUCUUUGCUCCUAUAAAGAUCCUACUGACUGGUCUUCUGAUGGAGUACUGCCUCCCUACUCCUAUGAAGAUCCAGCUGUCUGGUCUUCUGAUGGAGUACUGCCUCCCUGCUCCUAUGAAGAUCCAGCUGCCUGGUUUUCUGAAGGAGGACUACCUCUCUGCUCCUAUGAAGAACCUGCUGUCUGGUCUUCUGAUGGAGUACUGCCUCCCUACUCCUAUGAAUAUCCAGCUGCCUGGUUUUCUGAAGGACUACCUCCUUGCUCCUAUGAAGAUCCUGCUGCCUGGUCUUCUGAUGGAGUACUGCCUCCCUACUCCUAUGAAUAUCCAGCUGCCUGGUUUUCUGAAGGACUACCUCCUUGCUCCUAUGAAGAUCCUGCUGCCUGGUCUUCUGAUGGAGUACUGCCUCCCUACUCCUGUGAAUAUCCAGCUGCCUGGUUUUCUGAAGGACUACCUCCUUGCUCCUAUGAAGAUCCUGCUGCCUGGUUUUCUGAUGGAGUACUGCCUCCCUACUCUUAUGAAGAUCCAGCUGCCUGGUCUUCUGAUGGAGAACUUUCUCCUUGCUCCUAUGAAGAUCCUACUGCCUGGUCUUCUGAUGAAGGACUGCCUCCCUGCUCCUAUGAAAAUCCAGCUGUCUGGUUUUCUGAUGGAGGACUACCUCUCUUCCUAUGAAGAUCCUGCUGCCUGGUCUUCUGAUGGAGUACUGCCUCCCUACUCCUAUGAAUAUCCAGCUGCCUGGUUUUCUGAAGGACUACCUCAUUGCUUGUAUGAAGAUCCUGCUGCCUGGUCUUCUGAUGGAGUCCUGCCUCCAUACUCCUAUGAAGAUCCAGCUGCCUUGUCUUAUGACGGAGGACUGCCUCCUUGCUCCUAUGAAGAUCCUACUGACUGGUCUUCUGAUGGAGUACUGCCUCUCUACUCCUAUGAAGAUCCAGCUGCCUGGUCUUUUAAUGAAGGACUUUCUCUCUACUCCUGUGAAGAUCCAGCUGCCUGGUAUUCAGAAGGACUACCUCCUUGCUCCUAUGAAGAUCCUGCUGCCUGGUCUUCUGAUGGAGUACUGCCUCCCUACUCCUAUGAAUAUCCAGCUGCCUGGUUUUCUGAAGGACUACCUCCUUGCUCCUAUGAAAAUCCUGCUGCCUGGUCUUCUGAUGGAGUACUGCCUCCCUACUCUUAUGAAUAUUCAGCUGCCUUGUCUUAUGAUGGAGGAAUGCGUCCUUGCUCCUAUAAAGAUCCUACUGACUGGUCUUCUGAUGGAGUACUGCCUCCCUGCUCCUAUGAAAAUCCAGCUGUCAGGUUUUCUGAAGGAGGACUACCUCUCUGCUCCUAUGAAGAACCUGCUGUCUGGUCUUCUGAUGGAGUACUGCCUCCCUACUCCUAUGAAUAUCCAGCUGCCUGGUUUUCUGAAGGACUACCUCCUUGCUCCAAUGAAGAUCCUGCUGCCUGGUCUUCUGAUGGAGUACUGCCUCCCUACUCCUAUGAAUAUCCAGCUGCCUGGUUUUCUGAAGGACUACCUCCUUGCUUGUAUGAAGAUCCUGCUGCCUGGUCUUCUGAUGGAGUACUGCCUCCAUACUCCUAUGAAGAUCCAGCUGCCUUGUCUUAUGAUGGAGGACUGCCUCCUUGCUCCUAUGAAGAUCCUACUGACUGGUCUUCUGAUGGAGUACUGCCUCUCUGCUCCUAUGAAGAUCCAGCUGCCUGGUUUUCUGAUGGAGUACUGCCUCCCUACUCCUAUGAAUAUUCAGCUACCUGGUUUUCAGAAGGACUACCUCCUUGCUCUUAUGAAGAUCCAGCUGCCUGGUCUUCUGAUGGAGAACUUUCUCCUUGCUCCUAUAAAGAUCCUACUGCCUGGUCUUCUGAUGAAGGACUGCCUCCCUGCUCCUAUGAAAAUUCAGCUGUCUGGUUUUCUGAUGGAGGACUACCUCUCUUCUAUGAAGAACCUGCUGUCUGGUCUUCUGAUGGAGUACUGCCUCCCUACUCCUAUGAAUAUCCAGCUGCCUGGUUUUCUGAAGGAGGACUACCUCCAUGCUCAUAUGAAGAUCCAGCUGUCUGGUCUUCUGAUGGAGUACUGCCUCCCUACUCCUAUGAAUAUCCAGCUGCCUGGUUUUCUGAAGGACUACCUCCUUGCUCCUAUGAUGAUCCUGCUGCCUGGUCUUCUGAUGGAGUACUGCCUCCCUACUCCUAUGAAUAUCCAGCUACCUGGUCUUUUGAUGAAGGACUACCUCCCUGCUCCUAUGAAGAUCCUGGUGCCUGGUCUUCUGAAGGAGUACUGCCUCCCUACUCCUAUGAAGAUCCAGCUGCCUGGUCUUUUGAUGGAGUACUCCCUCCCUACUCAUAUGAAGAUCCAGCUGCCUUGUCGUAUGAUGGAGGACUGCCUCUCUACUCCUGUGAAGAUUCAGCUGCCUGGUUUUCUGAAGCUGUACUGCUUCCCUACUCCUAUGAAAAUCCAGUUGCCUGGUCUUCUGAUGGAGUACUGCCUCCCUGCUCCUAUGAAGAUCCAGCUGCCUGGUCUUCUGAUGGAGUACUGCCUCCUUGCUCCUAUGAAGAUCUUGUUGCCUCGUCUUCUGAUGGAGUACUGCCUCCCUGCUCCUAUGAAGAUCCAGAUGCCUGGUCUUCUGAUGUAGGACCACCUCCCUGCUCCUAUAAAGAUCCUGUCACCAGGUCUUCUGAAGGAGGACUUCAUCCCACCUCCUAUGAAGAUCCAGCUGUCGUGUCUUCUGAUGGAGGACUAUCUCUCUGCUCCUAUGGAGAUCCUGCUGCCUGGUCUUCUGAUACAGGACUGCCUUCUUGUUCCUAUGAAAAUCCAGCUGCUGGGUUUUCUGAGGGAGAACCACCUCCCUGCUCUCAUGAAGAUUCAGCUGCCAGGUCUUCUGAUGAAGGACUAAAUCCCUGCACCUAUGAAAAUCCAGCUGCCUGGUCUUCUGAUGAAGGACCACCUCCCUGCUCUUAUAAAGAUCCAGUCACCGGGUCUUCUGAAGGAGGACUUCAUCCCACCUCAUAUGAAGAUUCAGCUGCCUGGUCUUCUGAUGGAGUACUGCCUCCCUGCUCCAAUGAAGAUCUUGUUGCCUGGUCUUCUGAUGAUGGAGUACUGCCUCCCUGCUCCUAUGAAGAUCUUGUUGCCUGGUCUUCUGAUGGAGUACUGCCUCCCUGCUCCUAUGAAGAUCCAGCUGCCUGGUCUUCUGAUGGAGUACUUCCUCCCUGCUCCUAUGAAGAUCUUGUUGCCUGGUCUUCUGAUGGAGUACUGCCUCCCUGCUCCUAUGAAGAUCUUGUUGCCUGGUCUUCUGAUGGAGUACUGCCUCCCUGCUCAUAUGAAGAUCCAGCUGCCUGGUCUUCUGAUGGAGUACUGCCUCCCUGCUCCUAUGAAGAUCUUGUUGCCUGGUCUUCUGAUGGAGUACUGCCUCCCUGCUCCUAUGAAGAUCUUGUUGCCUGGUCUUCUGAUGGAGUACUGCCUCCCUGCUCCUAUGAAGAUCUUGUUGCCUGGUCUUCUGAUGGAGUACUGCCUCCCUGCUCCUAUGAAGAUCUUGUUGCCUGGUCUUCUGAUGGAGUACUGCCUCCCUGCUCCUAUGAAGAUCCAGCUGCCUGGUCUUCUGAUGAAGGACCACCUCCCUGCUCCUAUAAAGAUCCAGUCACUGGGUCUUCUGAAAGAGGACUUCAUCCCACCUCAUACGAAGAUCCAGCUGCCUGGUCUUCUGAUGGAGGACUAUCUCUCUGCUCCUAUGGAGAUCCUGUUGCCUGGUCUUCUGAUACAGGACUGCCUUCUUGUUCCUAUGAAGAUCCAGCUGCCUGGUCUUCUGAUGAAGGACCACCCCUCUGCUCCCAUGAAAAUCCAGCUGCUGGGUUUUCUGAGGGAGAACCACCUCCCUGCUCUCAUGAAGAUUCAGCUGCCAGGUCUUCUGAUGAAGGACUAAAUCCCUGCACCUAUGAAAAUCCAGCUGCCUGGUCUUCUGAUGAAGGACCACCUCCCUGCUCUUAUAAAGAUCCAGUCACCGGGUCUUCUGAAGAAGGACUUCAUCCCACCUCAUAUGAAGAUUCAGCUGCCAGGUCUUCUGAUGAAGGACAACCUCCCUGCACCUAUAAAGAUCUAGUCACCAGGUCUUCUGAAGGAGGACUACCUCCCUGCACCUAUAAAGAUCUAGUCACCAGGUCUUCUGAAGGAGGACUUCAUCCCACCUCAUAUGAAGAUUCAGCUGCCUUGUCUUCUGAUGAAGGAGUACCUCCCUGCUCUUAUGAAGUUUCAGCUACCGGGUCUUCUGAAGGAGGACUUCAUCCCACCUCCAAUGAAGAUUCAGCUGCCUUGUCUUCUGAUGGAGGAGUACCUCCCUGCUCCUAUGAAGAUCCAGCUGCCUGGUCUUCUGAUGGACUACCUCCCUGCUCCUAUGAAAAUCCUGCUGCUUGGUCUUCUGAUGAAGGACCACCUCCCUGCUCUUAUGAAGAUUCAGCUUCCGGGUCUUCUGAUGUAGGACCACCUCCCUGCUCCUAUAAAGAUCUAGUCACCGGGUCUUCUGAAGGAGGACUUCAUCCCACCUCAUUAGAAGAUCCAGCUGUCUUGUCUUCUGAUGGAGGACUACCUCCCUGCUCCUAUGAAGAUCCAGCUGCCUGGUCUUCUGAUGAAGGACCACCUCCCUGCUCUUAUGAAGUUUCAGCUGCCGGGUCUUCUGAAGGAGGACUUCAUCCCACCUCCAAUGAAGAUUCAGCUGUCUUGUCUUCUGAUGGAGGAGUACCUCCCCGCUCCUAUGAAAAUCCUGCUGCUUGGUCUUCUGAUGAAGGACCGCCUCCCUGCUCCUAUAAAGAUCUAGUCACCGGGUCUUCUGAAGGAGGACUUCAUCCCACCUCAUAUAAAGAUACAGCUGCCUGGUCUUCUGAUGAGGGACCACCUCCCUGCUCUUAUGAAGAUUCAGCUUCCGGGUCUUCUGAUGAAGGACUAAACAACUGCUCCUAUGAAGAUCCAGAUGCCUGGUCUUCUGAUGUAGGACCACCUCCCUGCUCCUAUAAAGAUCCAGUCACCGGGUCUUCUGAAGGAGGACUUCAUCCCACCUCCUAUGAAGAUCCAGCUGUCUUGUCUUCUGAUGGAGGAGUACCUCCCUGCUCCUAUGAAGAUCCUGCUGCCUGGUCUUCUGACAGAGUUAAACCAAUAGACAUCCCCGCUGCAGCCUCAGUCUCCUCUGGUUGGACUAAAACAUGUCAGAAGAGGAUUCAUAGAUUCCUCCGUCGCAUCAAGUCUAGCUUUUGUUGCUGCAGGUGUCCCGCUGUGAAGGACUGAUUUCAUAUUCAUUGUUUCUCACUAUAUGUAUUUUUUCUGAACAAUGUCUAGCCAUUUUUUCUUUGUCGCAUUUUGUAAAUAAAACUGAUUAAUUGAUUGCA